AUGGCUUUUCACAAGCACUUUAUCACUAUUUCCAACGUUGUUUUGUUCACUUCUUUUUUCCUUUCCUUGUUUGCCCCAAAGUCUCAUUCUUCUAAAAUUUUUGCGAGUGCAGCAAGUUAUUUCAGUGACAAAGAUCUUCUUGAGUUCCCUCUAAAUUUAGAGUACUUGGAGGCUGAGUUCUUUCUGUUUGGAUCUUUGGGCUAUGGGCUGGAUAUAGCUAGCCCAGAUCUUGCCCAAGGAGGCCCAUCACCAAUUGGGGGUAGAUUGGCCCAACUUGACCCUCUCACUAAAGAUAUUAUUUUGCAAUUCGGCUUGCAGGAAGUUGGGCAUUUGAGGGCCAUAAAAAGCACAGUAAAAGGAUUUCCAAGGCCAUUGCUAAAUAUAAGCAGCCAAGUGUUCGCAACAAUAAUGAACAAGGCUUUUGGAAGACCUCUGAACCCACCUUUUGAUCCAUAUGCCAAUUCCAUUAAUUAUUUAUUGGCAACUUAUGUAAUUCCUUAUGUUGGUCUCACUGGUUAUGUUGGAGCUAAUCCUAUGCUCCAAAAUACCACCUCCAAACAGCUAGUAGCUGGGCUUCUGGGAGUCGAGUCAGGGCAAGAUGCAGUAACAAGAGCAUUAUUAUAUGAGCGUAAGCAUGAACUCGUCGCGCCAUACGCCAUAACUGUAGCAGAAUUCACAGACCGUAUCUCCAAGCUUCGAGACAGACUAGGAAACGCUGGUUUGAAGGAGGACGAAGGUCUUGUCGUCCCAAAAGAUGAAGGUUCUGAGGGCAAAGUCUCCGGCAAUGUCCUCUCUGCAAACACCAACUCUCUCUCUUAUGGCAGAACCCCUCAGCAAAUAUUAAGGAUCAUUUAUGGGACUGGCAGUGAGAGUAUCCCAGGUGGUUUCUAUCCCGAAGGAGCACAUGGUCGCAUCGCUCAGUCUUAUAAUAAUUUACAUCCUUAAUUAAUCACAUAUAAUAAUGUCUCUGGCUUUCAUAUAU